UCACCCUUCGACGUACCGGUCACCAUCACCCCGGACAAGCUGCAGCUGGUCUGCAAUGCGCUCCUGCAGAAGGAUGAACCAGUACCUCUGGCUUUCUUUGUCCAUGAUGCUGAGAUCGUGGCGUCGCUGGAGAAGACCUUGGUGGGGCAGAGUGUGGAGACGGAGAAGGUCCUGGACAUCAUCUACCAGCCGCAGGCAGUGUUCAAGGUGCGGGCAGUGACCCGCUGCACCAGCUCCCUGGAGGGGCACACCGAGGCUGUCAUCUCCGUGGCCUUCAGCCCCACCGGAAAGUACCUGGCAAGUGGCUCUGGAGACACUACUGUCCGAUUCUGGGACCUCAGCACGGAGACACCACAGUUCACAGCCAAAGGUCACCGGCACUGGGUGCUCAGCAUUGCCUGGUCACCUGAUGGCAAGAAGCUGGCCUCAGGCUGCAAGAACAGCCAGAUAUUUCUCUGGGACCCAGCCACUGGCAGUCAGAUCGGCCGGGUGCUCUCUGGCCACUCCAAAUGGAUCACGUGUCUGUGCUGGGAACCGCUCCACAUAAACCCGGAGUGCCGCUACCUGGCAAGUGCCUCCAAGGAUGGCAGCAUCCGCAUCUGGGACACACUGAUGGGCAGGUGUGACAAGAUCCUCACGAGCCACACGCAGUCGGUGACAUGUGUGAAGUGGGGAGGUGAUGGCUUGCUUUACUCCUCUUCCCAGGACAGGACCAUCAAAGUCUGGAGGAGCCAGGACGGGGUCCUCUGCCGCACCUUGCAGGGCCACGCUCACUGGGUGAACACCAUGGCCCUUAGCACUGACUACGUGCUGCGCACGGGGGCCUUUGAACCUGCUGAGGCCACCAUCAACCCACAGGAUGUACGUGGCUCCUUGGCAGAACUGAAGGACAAGGCACAGCAGAGGUAUGACCAAGUCAGGGGCCAAGAACCAGAAAGGCUAGUCUCGGGGUCAGAUGAUUUCACACUGUUUCUUUGGAGACCAGCAGAAGACAAGAAGCCACUGGAGAGAAUGACAGGCCACCAGGCUCUCAUUAACCAAGUCCUCUUCUCACCAGACACCAGGAUAAUAGCUAGUGCUUCCUUCGACAAGUCCAUAAAGCUCUGGGAUGGCAGGACAGGAAAGUACCUGACAUCGCUGCGAGGGCAUGUCUCAGCUGUGUAUCAGAUCGCCUGGUCAGCCGACAGCCGCUUGCUGGUGAGCGGGAGCAGUGACAGCACGCUCAAGGUCUGGGAUGCCAAGAUGAAGAAACUGGCCAUUGAUCUUCCUGGCCAUGCAGAUGAGGUGUAUGCAACGGAUUGGAGCCCGGAUGGACAGAGGGUAGCAAGUGGAGGGAAGGACAAGUGUUUGCGGAUGUAA